AUGGUCCCUUGUCCUUCUCAUGUCAAGCUAAUUGGGUGUAAGUGGGUUUUUUCUGUGAAACUUCGGCCUGAUGGGUCUGUGGACCGUUAUAAGGCUCGUUUGGUUGCCCUUGGUAACCGCCAGGAGUAUAGGGCUGACUAUGAGGAGACCUUUGCUCCUGAAGAUGUUUACAUGACACCUCCUCCUGGCCUCUGCUCGUCAUCAACGUCAAAUGUGUGUAAGCUGAAGCGCUCUCUGUAUGGUUUGAAACAGGCUCCCCGGGCUUGUUUAGAGGUUCAGUCCGAUUCCUCUGGGGUUUUCUUGCAUCAACAUAAAUACACGGAGGACUUGAUUUCCUUGUCUGGUUGGCAGGACUCCUCUUCAGUGGAUACCCCUUUGGAAGUGAAUGUCAAGUAUCGACGUGAGGAGGGGGAUCUCCUUCCUGAUCCCAUGGUGUUUCGACACAAGUCAGUCAAUUUCUGCAAUCUCCUCGCCACCUUCAUCUUGUCACAGUCCGCCGAAUUAUUCGAUAUCUCUGAGGUUCCUCUUACCGUGGCUUGUUCUUCUCUACUGAGUAAGAAACAGGAUCGUGUUUCCAAAUCUUCGACCGAGUUCGAGUACCGUGCCAUGUCGGUAGCCUGCUCGGAGAUUAUGUGGCUCCGUGGCUUACUUGCUGAAAUAGGACUUUCUCCUCUCGUGAGCCGAGAGAGUAAAAGGACAGAUCCAGAUCUCAUUCCACGCUCUUCCAUCUCCAAUUUAAGUCUGGAUGUAAGUUUUUCGAUUCUGGUGGUGGUUUUGUUUCACAAACAGUUACAAUCUGUAAAUCCUUAUUGUGAUGAAAACAUGGAUGUUCUGUGCUCUAGAAAUGAUCGCCCAAAAUAUGAUCAUCGGUUACUGUAUUUGGGGACUCAGGGCAAGGCAAAGAAGGUUGUUCAAGCACAGGAUCUCUGGUUUGAAAUUCUAAAAUCCCAGAUAGAAAGUGGAACGGCUUAUAUGCUUUUCAAGGAUACUUGUAAUAGAAAAAGCAAUCAACAGAAUCUGGGGACAAUCAAGUCUUCGAACUUGUGUACUGAGAUCAUUGAGUUCACUAGUCCUACAGAAACUGCAGUUUGCAAUUUGGCAUCAAUUGCGUUAUCACGAUAUGUCAGGGAGAAGGGGGUCCCUAUUGAGUCACAGCCAUCUAAGCUGGUUGGAAGUAAUGGUUCUCGGAACAGAUAUUUUGAUUUUGACAAGCUAGCAGAGAUUACUGAAAUAGUUACCACAAAUCUCAACAAAAUAAUUGAUGUGAAUUACUACCUUGUUGAAACUGCGAGGAGGUCCAACAUGCGCCAUAGGCCAAUAGGCAUAGGAGUGCAGGGUCUUGCAGAUACUUUCAUAUUACUUGGCAUGCCAUUUGAUUCACCGGAGGUGAUUGCAGUUAACAAAGACAUUUUUGAGACUAUCUACUACCAUGCUCUGAAAGCUUCUUCUGAGCUUGCUGCAAAAGAAGGCCCUUAUGAGACAUAUCAUGGGAGUCCUGUGAGCAAGGUAAUUCUUCAACCUGUCAUGUGGAAUGUGACUCCAUCUGAUCGUUGGGAUUGGGCUGCUCUGAGGGAAAUGAUUUCGAAGAAUGGAGUGAGGAACUCCCUUCUUGUAGCUCCUAUGCCCACUGCUUCAACCAGUCAGAUUCUGGGCAAUAAUGAGUGCUUUGAACCAUAUACCUCCAAUAUCUACAGUAGGAGGGUUCUAAGUGGUGAAUUUGUUGUUGUGAACAAACACCUUCUUCAUGAUUUAACUGAGAUGGGUCUUUGGUCUCCUGCUCUCAAGAACAAGAUAAUUUAUGAUGAUGGGUCUGUUCUCAAGAUUCCAGAAAUCCCAGAUGAUCUUAAAGCUAUAUACAAGUAAGGAUAUACUAUUCCACAUAUGAUGAUCGCCUAAAAUUGGCAGGUGUCCAUUCUGUCAUGUCCAUGUUAUCAAUAAUAAUAAACAUAUGGGGCUGUCUGUCCCGCUGGAAAUUUAAUUUCCAUCGGAUGGGUUAGGUGUUUUGUGCUUGUGACCUCUUGCUGUUCGGAUGGCGACCCGUUUUAAAGUCCAAAAGCUGAUAACCCACAACCCAUGAAAUAAAAUAAUCCAUUUGCCUUCACGGAAAGGACUGAGGUGCGAGAAAAAUGAAGCUCAGAUCCAGCAUCAUCAUCGUUGUGCUCGUUCUUCUCCUUGUAGCCCACCCAAAUUCAUCAGCAUUUCAUGGUUUGAAACUCUUAUUAUUAUUAUCUUUUUAAUCUUCUCCUUUUGUUGUGUUUAGUUGUACCAAAAAUAAUUAAAUUUCAUGAUAUCUGGUGCAACCAAAUGCACCUUUUAUUGCCUUUUA